GGGAACGGAAACCAAGAGAGAGAAACACCCUUCGCCAUAGCCGCAACAGCAGCCAGCAGAGCAGAGCAGCACCAAACCCCACAGACGCAAAAGCCAGAGCAGAGCGCAGCCCUCUUUCCCCUCCCCUCCCCUGCCCCGCUCCUCCUCCUCCAUUCCCCAUCCACCCCAUCCGCCGCCGAUGGCGAGGCCGACGCGCGCGCUCCUGCUCCCGCUCCCGCUCCUCAUGCUCCUGGCACUGGCGGCGCUGGCCCGCGCGUCGUCGGGCGACGUGCCAGCGGCGGCGUCCCUGGGCUGGGACCUCGGCGUGGUGGGCGCGGGGGAGGACGAGGAGUUCGGCUUCCCCAGCGGCGGCGACUCCGUGGCGCGCCGGGUGCUGCAGGGCGGCGGCUACCUCAGCUACGGCGCGCUGCGCAGGGACAACGUGCCUUGCUCCGUCCGUGGCGCCUCCUACUACAACUGCCGCCCCGGCGGGCAGGCCAACCCCUACUCCCGCGGCUGCUCCGCCAUCACGCGCUGCCGCGGCUGAUGAUCUCGCCGCCGUCCACCGGGAGGAGGAAGAGGAGGUUCAUAUCCGUUAAUCCCACGCCGUUGUUGAUUGUUGGUUGAGACAGGAAAAAAAACAAAAAAAAAAUUGUUCGUCUCCUUCCCCUCCCUGUCCCUUUAAUCGAUUACUAGUACCUGUAUGCUACGUACUAUUGCUUAUUUCUCUUGUCGUUUGAUUUUAACGAGAAAGAAUGAUUGGUGGUGGUUGUGGGUUAUGAUGGCCGGGUUGGCGCCCACGCGAUUCCACCCGGAUUCGCCUCUCUCUUUCUCGCUCGAUCUGGUCCUGUAAAUUCCAUGAUUUAUGAGCAACUGGUGUAUAAUCUACAAACUGAUGAUGAUGAUUUAAUUUCCCCGUCAA